UACUAACCAUCUCUUUUAUCUACCUGCUUAUUCGCCCAACAAAACGACAACGUACCAAGAAAACGGCCAUUUUUAAUUCUCAUUGUGGAUUUUCCAGUUAAAGUGAAAUUGUUUAAAAACAUUUGAAAUGUUACAAAACAGAUAAUUAAGUCUAUUAUAAUCGCCAGUUAAAGGAAGAAUAAAUAAAAAGCACAAAUAAAAUUAAAAAGCAAUAAAAAAACAGUUAACAAGUUUAAAAAAAAAACAUUCGAAAUGUUUUCAUUUCAUAAACCACGAGUAUAUCGUUCAGCCGAAGGCUGUUGCAUUUGCAGAGCAAAAUCUAGCAGUUCCAGAUUUACUGACUCGAAGAAAUACGAAGAAGAUUCUGUGAAAUGCUUCGAUUUGCGAGAAGCCAGACAUGGAGAAAUUUGCAAUGCUUGUGUUCUGCUGGUAAAGAGGUACAAGCGUUUGCCAGUUGGUAGUAAUCGGCAUUGGGGACAUGUUGUGGAUGCACGAGCUGGACCGGGAAUGAAAUCUAUGACCAAAUUUAAAAAACAUAAGGAUGAUUGUACUUCAGUUUCAACAAACGGAUCUGACCGUUCUGCCAAUAAUCAAAAAUCUCUUAUUCCCGAAAAAUUCUCGAAAAUCUUCAAGAAAAACAAAAAGAAAAAUGUUAAAGACAAAAGCAAAUUAAAAAACAUAGCUGUAACAAAUAAAUCAUGGGAAAGCCAAUCGCUGCCUUUGACACCCGAAUCUCUUGACAGCGAUUGCGAAGAUGUGCAAUAUUCACCAACCAGAGCAAUCGAAUCGGCUAGUCUUAAAAUUCGACAAGCAAUCAAUCGCCGUGGCAGUAGUAAACGAAAAUGUCUACCACCGAAGAAGUUCCGCAAUAUUAAUACUGACCAAGUACAAUUCUUCGAUGAGAACUUAUGGGUUAAAAGGAAAUCUUGCUGUGGUAUUGUGUUUGAAAACAAAGAUCUUGGUGCUAUUAUUUUAGAUAUUCAAAACUACAGUCCGUGUGCUGAACAUCAGCAGCGGAAGAAGACAGUGGAUAUUCCAGCAGCAGCAAAGCCAUUACCAUUAGUCUCUCAACUCAGCGCUCCACAACAAUUUAGCAUUAAGCCAACUCUAUAUCAGUUGCCUUUCAAUCCGCCAGCCAAUCGUAAUCCCACACCGGUGCUAAAGAAACACCACUUAUUUUACAAACGUCAAUCAGAGAGUUUCCCCCUCGGUGAUAUGAAACAAAUAAAUAACAGCAACAACACAAAUACCAACAUCAAUACCAACAACAAUCCUCCCAAGACUGAUUUUGUACUAGAUUUCAAAGUUCUUCCCAACUCACUUCCUACCUCAUCAGCAGUUAAAGUUGCCAAACUGAAUCCUAUUGACCUUGGUCUCCACAAUAGUCAUCUUCAGAUAACACAAGGCAAGAUGGCCGCUCCAUUUGAUCAUCAUCAUCAACAACAACAACAACAACAAGCUAUUCAUAAAACAAGCAGUAAAUCGAGUUCAUUUAUGCAUAAGGUAAAAUCAGACACGGGAAAAAUUGUCAAACAUUCCUUGGAGAAAUUCAAUACACUUCGACUUAAACCAUCUGAAUUGACGGAUAUUAAACACAUGGUUAAGACUGUGGACAAACCGUUCCUGAUAAAACCUGUAUCGGCAGUAUCACAAGAAAAACUUAAGAAAAUGGGUUUGGAUAAUGUGCCAUGUUCCUCCGUGCAAUCAGUGGCAACUAAAUUUAAUGACAAUUCAUCUGACUCUGGAUUUGAUGAAAACUUACAAGAUCGAAAAUCUGUGAGUCCAUUGCAGGAUGAUGGUGAAAAGAAAAUCAUGACAAUUCCAGUGCAGACAAUGUAUUUAGCCAGUGGAGUGCAAAUACACGGGCAGCAUCAAAAUCUCUUGCUGACAGGCAACGAUGUGGCUGCAAAAAUACUACAGAAUCGAAAACAAAUCCAAAAUAAUCGUAAUGGAGUUAAAAUCGCACAGAUUGUAGCCGGUGGAGGUCAUCAAAAAAUGCGUGCAAUAUAUAGUCAGCCUUCGGAGGGAGCCGUCAUAACAACAGUAUCAUCAACAUCACCGAAUAUUAUUGCUAUCCCUUCUAAGACUGGUACCACAACAUCCUCAGCGAGUCAUUUAACCAAACAACCAACGAACAUCAUUCUAAAUAGUAGCGGUGACAGUAGCAAUGUAAUCUCUACCUCUGUACCAAGUCUGAAUCAGAAAAUAAUCCUAGUUAAGACUAAAUACAAUAACAGUAAUAAUAACAAUCAAUCGGCGUGUAAGAAUUAACCCAAAGUAAUUAUGUCGCUCGAGAAUCAUUAGAAUCAUAGGUACUCCUUUUUUUUGUUGUUGGUUACACUUUAUGUAUUUCUUGUCCAAAUUUGCCCAAUACUUUUGAGCCGGUCUAAAAGUAAAUCGGGUGCGGUAACAACAAUAAAUAGUUGUAAAUGUAUAAAGUGAAAUCCAUUGCAGUAUUUGAAAAAAAAAAAAAAAACAAAGGGAAGUCUCAUUAAAUAUUCGUUGAUAAAUAAAAUUUUACAAUAUUUUUUUGUAUGUA